AUGGGGAAAUCGGCAGCUGAGAAGGAGGUAACAGAGGCUUUUUGGCAGGAGGCCAGAAAGGGAGAUGGAUCUGGGGGGGAGGAGCCGGCUUACGGUCCGUGGCUGGUAACUAACCGGAUCGGAUUCCGACGGGCGCAGGUGGCGAAGAACCGGAGGAAGGAGGUGCACGAGUCCAGGGCAGGGAGCUCUGUGCCCACAUCUCCACAUCCCGGUCCAAGUGUGAAGGGGGGUGGGCCGUCCUCGCCGUCCUCAUCGUCCUCUCCGGUGGAUCUUGAGGGGUGGCAGAAGCCUACUAAGGUGGCUCGCCGGCGGACGCCGGAGAAGGAUGUGUCUUUGGGUGUGUCCACAGGCGGUCCGAGUCAACCCGCGACCGGAUCCGAGUCGGGCGCCGAGUUGGGCGAGAGUCCUGUAAGCCGGGCCAACAUUGACUUGGGCCAGGCUGCGGGGAGGCCCAGCUUCGGAAGUGGGCAGGGCGUGGGUGGGCCGGGCCCGAGCCCGUCGAAACGAGCGAGGAGCCCACCCAAGAUAACGGGCCAUGCGGGGGGAGGCCCGUCCAACCCUGAUGGAGGGAUGGUGCCCUCCGUGGCGGAGUCUGGGUGGCCGGGGGUUAGCUUCUGCCGGAGGUCCAAGAGCUCUCCCCCGCCCCUGGUGACGGCACGAGGUCGGCCUCCCCGGAGGGAACUGGUGCACAUGGCCGGCAGCUUCGGUCCACAACUGUCCGGGGGAGCGGAGGAGGCUGGGAGGCGUGCGGUUCUGGCUCCUCCCGCGGCAGCAGGUUUGUCCGAGAUGGAGGCGGCGGGGUCGUCCGGCACCGGCGUUGAUCUGGUGGUGGAGUGCCAUGACGGAGCGGCAAGAGGUGGCGGAUCAGGUGGUGGGGUAGAGGAUGGAGCCGGUGUGGGGGAAACCUCAAAGCACAGCGUGUGCCAUAUGGCACGGGGGCAAAAUGGUGUGGCCUUUGAGAUGGGAAUGGGGAAGAAGAUCACGGGCGAAUCUAGCUCCCUUAAGCCUGUUGGUGGUGACAACACAGAGGCAAGAGGGGAGUUGACAGAAGGUCUUGUGGCAAAAAUGGAUGCCAGUGGAGACUCAGAGUGCCAUUUGGCACAACCCGGUGAUGGAAGGGAUCACCAUCGAAUGGUGGCUCAGUUGAAGGCUGCAGCCAAGGGAGUGAAUUCUGCGAGCUCGGAGAGUGGAAGAGCUAGUGAAGAGGUGGUGUUUCACGAUUGCAGCCCCGGGACAGGGGGUGAUGGACUCCUGGGUGACCAAUGA